CCCACACAUUCAAUUCCGGCCAUUGAAUUCGACCAAGACGCAGAAGGCAGUGAACAGAGAUUCGUGAAGGUAUUCAUCAACCCAUUCCGUGAUCCCUCAAAUCAGUCAAAAUGGCCGCCACUCUGCCCAACGUUUCCUCGGACCUGAUCUGGGAGGUCGUCCGCAGCCAGAAUGCGUUCCUGGUCAACCGCAACGACGCCGGCGGUCUCCAGCUCUCCCGCGACCCCCUCAACCUGGUCAACAAGCACUCCCGCAAGUACGCUGGUUUCGUCAACGACAAGGCCAUUGGCGUUGUCCCCAACGAGAAGGGCGGUGUCAAGGUGAUCAGCAAGAACCAGAAGAACGGCAACAAGCCUGCCCAGGGCACCACUGAGGUUACCUACGGCGGUAACAAGUCCGCGCGCAAGACCUACUCCGCUGUUGCCCGUCAGGCUGCCGCCGGCGGCUACCGUGCCGACCUCCGUGAGGCCGCCGUCCAGCGUGUCUCCGCUAUCCGCCGCUCCCAGCGCCCCGUGAAGGCCACCCCCGAGAAGAAGCUCCGCGGCCCCAAGGCCAAGAAGGCUACCGAGACUGAGGCAUAAGCGUGUUAUGCUUUUUAGCGGACGGGAAAGGCUUGGUUUGGGCGUUACGUCGAGCAAAUAGAAUACCUUUUUGAGGGACACAGGCGGAAACAAAUCAAAAGCUUGAGUCAAAGGGCCAAAAAAUAAUGACUGGACUGGUUUCACUGCUCGCAAGGGAGAGACUUGUUUUUUCAUCGUGAAGGCCCACGAGGCGUUGUGUACUCCGAACGCGCAUCCUGCAAUGAUGAAAAGCCUCCACAACAGGAAAGUUCCGGAGCUAUAGAGUGGGUUGACCGUGGUCCAAUAUGGCAAAGUCAGAAGACAGUAGCCGGAGUGUGGCGAGUGUUGUUCGUGAUGGUGCGGCCAUCGGCUGCUACCCGAAGUUGCCCGAGUAGAGCAGGCUGCGAUUCACACUUGAACCUCGGGACCGCGGGCAGGCAUCGGGACGUCGACGGGUGGUUCGGCUCCCGGCCCUGCUGCGUCCCUGGCGAUGACAAAGCCGCGCCUGCUGUUCCACGAGAGAUUGCCGAAAAGGGCUGUGAGACAUUGAAGACGGGAUUCGUCCUGCCUAGCGUUCGCGGAGUAAGUCAUCGCCGACUUAGAUUUGAUGCCCAUAUUACUCCGGCACUGUGAAAUGCUUCCCCCCAUUGCAACAUGGCGGGGUAAGUCUGGCAGCCGGGGUUGCACAGUUGCCUUACUUAACCAAUAGGCAGGGCAGUUACAAUUAUACGUGGUAGAUGGUGCAUAAUGAAUAAUUAUUACCUGAGUGCUUAAUAGCGACCAGCGAGACGUAUCAAUAGUGGGCAGUUGCUCUACUCAAACAUGAUAGGCAUGGUACACAUCUCGGAUUGUCUCAUCGAGGAG